AUGGGAAUUUUGUUACAACUGAUCAUGACAAUGGCGUUGAUGUCCUUGCUUCGACCAAGCUCUGCCUUUAUCUUGCGCUCUGCUGGAAGGUCACUAUUGGGAAGACCCGUUGCGCUGAAGCCAUCACGUUUAUUAUUAUCCACAACCAGCAACACCAGCGAGUCAUCCCAAUCGAACAAGAGCAACAGCAAUGACGGAAGCUAUAAUAACGAUGACAAAGAAAACAAAACUUCCAGAAAUCCAAGACCAGGCUUGGAAGAUGAUAUCACUCCUCCCUGGACGUUUGACUUGCUACAGAAGAAGCGAAGUCGCCGCAACAAUGUGGUGCGAGUGCGACAACAUGUGAAUCCAUUGGCUCGGCGAUUUCAACUUGCCACAAUUCUGACAGACCAAUGGCCUACCGAUGUCUACGACGAUGUGUCCAGCAAGCCGCUCUUUUUGGAUAUUGGAGUCGGCAAGGGUGGAUUUCUACUCCAUGUGGCGUCGCAACGGCCACAAGAAUACAAUUAUCUGGGCUUGGAAAUACGACCGUUGGCGGUCCAAUUUGCCAAGGAACGACUGCAAACCAAUCCAGCUUAUUCCGUGCCCUGUACGGGUCAUUUGGAUUUUGUGGGAUGUAAUGCCAAUGUGGAUCUCGGAAGGCUUUUGAAUCUCUAUCGGGAGGCCAACGACAACAACAACAAUACUCCACUGGCAAUGGUCACCAUUCAAUUUCCAGAUCCACAUUUCAAGGCGAGUCAUGCCAAACGCCGAGUGGUUACACCCGAAUUGGUCCGAACGCUGCCACAAUUCAUGCCACCUGGAGGCAAAGUGUUUUUGCAAUCCGAUGUUCAGACCGUUCUAGAUGACAUGAGAGAACGAUUCCGAGAGGAGUCGAUGUAUUUUACAGAUCAAGUCGAAGACAUUUCCAGCUAUUAUCCAGACAACAUUAUUGGGAUUCCAACCGAACGGGAAGUCAGUGUGUUGAAGCAAGAUUUGCCAGUGUACCGAGCCCUGUUUGUGAGAACGGAAACACCCUUUGACGAGAACGAUAAGUAA